AUGUCGGAGCUGGCGCGGGAGGAGCUGUCGGCGCUCGCCGCCAUCUACUGCGAGCCGGGCGCCUGCGAGGUGCUGGCGGCCUCAGAGACGCACGGAAUCUCAUGUAGAAUUCAAAUCAGUGUGAAAGAACUGCUGGAUACAGAUGUAGUUUUAAAGCUGUUAUUUCAUUUACCAGUCAAUUACCCAUCAACUCUACCAGAUAUUUCUGUUAACUCUGACCAGCUUACAAGGGCCCAGUGUAUGGAUGUGAAAGAGAAAUUGCUUGAACAAGCAAAGCAGCAUCUUUCUGAACCCAUGGUACACGAUCUGAUUCUUUGGGUACAGCAGCAUCUUAAAGAUGUCAUUAAGCAAUCAGCCUCAGUUUGCAGUGAAAAAACUACUUUGUCAAAAGGAACUGGAGAUGGUAUCUGGAUGCUCCUUUUGCAUUUAGAUCACAUGAGAGCAAAGGCAAAAUAUGUGAAAACUGUGGAAAAAUGGGCUUCAGAUCUAAGGCUGACUGGAAGACUGAUGUUCGUGGGCAAGAUAAUAUUGAUUCUUCUUCAGGGUGACAGGAGCAGCAUUAAGGAGUACUUGAUUCUUCAGAAAACUUCUAAGGUAGAUGUGGACUCAAGUGGAAAGAAAUGCAAAGAGAAAAUGAUGAGAGUACUGUGUGAGACAGAAGUACAGUUACAGCAUAAAAGGUUUCAGACGUUUGAAGUCAAAGAAUAUUCAGCACUGGAGGACUUACGAAAGGAAUUUGAAACUGCAGGACUUGCAACUCUUUUCUCUGAGUUUGUGCCUCCUCUCUUAAAAUAAAAUUAAAGGAAACCACUGGACCUCUGACCAAAGCAGUAGUUGACUGCAGAUGCUGAUGGAAGAUAAAAGGACUAAUGUGGCAAAACAAUGUUGAAGCUUUUCUGCAAAAAAUACCAUUAGUAGUCAUACUUCUGCAAGAAGAAGGCAAAUGAUACGUUAAGAACUGAUAAUUUUUUGACAUUUAUGUAUUAUUAUUAUUAACUUUUUCCAAACAAUGUGAUGUUUACUGUGAUAAUUGCGUGUCAAGCAUGAGAGAUUGGGAGUAAAUAAUGUUAAGGAAAUAGUCUUUUAGUCAGACUCUGUUUUAUAGUCCUUGUUUUUCAAUGGUCUGUUUCUUUUUUCUCAUGGUAGAAUUUGUUGCUAAUGCCCUAUUAGAGAGCAUGAUUAAUUUUGCUUUGGAAGACUGUAUGAAGGUAUUUCCAUGAAAAAACAUAGUGGACACACAUUUGAACAUGUGAGGACAGCAUAUACUUAAUAUCCCUUAGGAGUUAAUCUGCUGGUUUUUCAUUCUCCCUUUAAUUGACUAUAAAUGCGAGAUGGUUGAUUUGAAGAAGAAGCUCAUGUCACUUGGGGCCUGAAAAAACUUAGAAGUGUCUUUUUGAAUAUUAGUUUUUAGUCUAAAAUUUUUAAGAACACCUGCGUGGGGGAUUUAAAUUAAUAAAACAAUGAGGUAAAACCAAUUGUAAUAUUUUUUCUUUGAUAGUUUACAGAUGUUUUUUUGUACUUUAUCCAGUUUUACUGUCUGUGCAGCUUUAGAUUAAUCUUGAUUCAAUUAAAGUGUUGGAGCAGAAUAUACAGACUUCAGUCUUCCAUCUUUCAAGGCUUCUGCCAAGUUGUUUUUGUUUGUUUGUUUAUUUGGGUUUUUUUUGGUUGGUCACUGGCAGUUUUUUUUUUUAUCAGUAGUGUGUGUUACAUUUGUAUAGUGUUACAAAUUAUAUGAAUAAUUUUAUGAAUUGUGCAAAUUGUGCAAGUUCUGUUUACCUAGGGAGGAUUGGAUACUUCUUUAUUACAAUUAUUAAUGUUUGUGCUUUUGUUUAUUUUACCUGAAACUACUCUCUAACAAGACUAUGAAUUUCCAGUAAUAUAAAUUUUUCAAUCAUGAGUUUCUUAACACAGAGUACUGCCAUUUGCCAUUUCAGUUUGCUUUAGCAUGCAACUAAACAUGUGCUUUACUGCUCUCUAAAAUUCAGUCUCAGAAGCCAAAUGUCUCAUGUAUUCUGUAAUUAAACAGAUUUGAUCAAUUCAGUAUAAACUAAUUUAUUUCCAUUGUACUGGGGGAAGACCAGUACAAUUUGUUUAGUUAAAAAAAAAAAAAAAGGUGUGGUUUGGCAUUUCAUUAUGUAAGAUCUGAUUGC